AUUUCACCAGGACAGAAAAGUAAGGUACACUUAGGUAGCUUACAUCUGCUGACGUCGAAUUUGAAGAUUUUAACUAAAAAUUUUGUUUUCAGUAUUUUUUUUGUCUGUACUGUGGGUCUGACUGUCCCAGCCUUGACUAUCUGCCAUAUUUGCGCCCUCGGGCGAUAGGGAAUGGUUCACUAUAUUCUUGUCGAACUGGUUACGGGUCAAAUUUGAAAAGUGAAGGACGCGAAAGCCGAGGACUGGGUCAAACUUGAACAAGAUGGCAUCCAACCUAAACAAGGCGUUUUUCUUCCUCUUUACCUGUUUGAUCUUAUCAGAGUCGAUUCUCGCAACCGUGCUGUUGUCGGUGACCGUACCAGAGAACGCUCGCACGGGGGAGACUGUCCUUAACGUCGGGUCAGCAGUAGGGAAAAGUCUCGGUGAGGAAGCUCGCUGUGAAAUCUUCGACGGGAACAAGAACGGACGCUUCCGUGUUGUUUAUAGCACACCCGACUGUGUGAUCCAAGUUGCACGUCCGUUGGAAUACAGCGUGGAGCCGACCUAUAACCUCACGUUGAACGUCACUAGAAGGUCAUCACCAGAGCAGCUGUAUGUAUAUGUACAUGUACGACUCCAAGACGUGGAGGGAUAUCCUCCUAUUUAUAACAACACCUGCGAAAUGCCUAUCCGGAGUGCGCAGCAGAAGAGUCGGUCAGGUGAGUUGAUCUUCGACGUGAAAACGAUGGCGGAAGCUGUAACCAUACCUGGCGGAGUGGUUUAUUACAAUGACUACACGUUUAUUGAAACCCUAUCUUCAGAUGUUUACGCUUUCAGCUACACCACCUCAAAUGACUGCACGGUAAAGGUUGUAUCAGACGUCGGACAUGCAGUACAAAUCAGACAGUAUCAGGAUCUUUGGAACGCAAACAUGAGGUGCUUUAGAUGUUUUCCUUCUCGAUAUAGCACGUCUAGCUUUCAAUUUGGAAUUCUUAACAGACAUAGCGGGGCUCCUACGUGCACGUUUAUCGAGAACAACGAUCUGCCUAUACCUCGGACUAAGUCACACUUUAGACUUGUCGCUUUGUUAACUCUAGCUUCAACAGGAAGCCAUCAAUUCACAUGCGAGCUUCCUGACGACUUUUCUUUCACCACCAAACUUGGUACAGGCGUGAUAGGUGAAAUACUCCAUCCUUCUGUUGAGGUUCACUUCCAGCCGGUUGGAUGUCCACCGGACAAAUACGGCCUGUUGUGUGAUCAAAAUUGUACCUGUGAGAAUGGCGCCCGCUGCCAUGGGUUAAACGGGGCCUGUAAGUGUCAGCCUGGAUGGCAAGGUGACGUCUGCGACAUUCCUCACAGUACUGUUGUGAUCACAGCGACACCUAGCGACUCGCGAAGGAUUUACAUCACCGGCUCUGUAAUUCUGCGUUGCAAGGCUUUCCAUCUGACUGUCGAGAACAUGAUGUGGACAUUUCCUAAUAAAACAGAAAAGUGGCUGCAAGGAGCUGACGAAGAUCGGGUAAGGAUCGAAAGCGUACAGUCCGAACACAACGGUACCUACGAAUGUACUGUUGUAACAGACAAGAGGUGGAUCUUUCGUACUAGUUAUGAGCUUCAAGCCGUCGCUUGUCCUCCAGACAAAACAGGCGAACUGUGUGCAGAGUCGUGCGACUGUCCGAGUGGUGCGAGCUGUGACAGGUGGGUUGGCUGUGUCUGUCCCCCAGGGUGGGCGGGAACCAGGUGUCAGACACCAUGUCAAGCUGGUACAUACGGGCAGGGGUGCAGCAGUGAUUGCCGCUGUGAGAAUCACGCCAGGUGCGCUCCUAUCGACGGCUGGUGUAACUGCACCGAGGGCUGGUUCGGCCGACACUGCAACAUUCCCUGCCCCACUGGUCUGUACGGAUGGAGAUGUCGGCACGACUGUGGCUGUAAGAACAACGCCACGUGUCACCACGUGGAUGGAAGCUGCGCCUGCGAGCCGCCAUGGACUGGACAGUUGUGUGACGUCAUGCAAACGGACACAUCACCAUUCCCGUUGCUACUCCAGAUCUUAAUACCGACGAUACUGACCCUGCUGAUCGUGGCAGCAUUGAUGGCACUCUACAAAAGGAACAGAGCUAAUCUGGCGGGAGUUAAUAAUGCCACAGAGGAGGAGAAAAGGGCUCUCCUGGAACUAAGGAAUAUGGAAGAAGACCUGGCACAAAGUUUGCAGCCGGGUUGGCUCAACCGUUGGGAAAAGAGACCAAACGAUCUGACUACGGGUGACUUGAUCGGACUGGGUGCGUUUGCGCAGAUCAGGAAGGGACAUCUCCGUACUGCUGGCGCUAAAGUCGCGGUAGCCGUGAAGUCCGUCCGAGGGGAAGACCGACAAUUCUAUCGAGCUUUCUGUCGGGAGGUCGCUUCACUCAUAGCCGUGCACCAAACAGAUGGACAUGCCAACAUCAUCAGGCUGUACGGAGUCAUCACCAAGUCAACACCGAAGUGUAUUCUCCUGGAAUAUGCUGCUAAGGGCGACCUCUCGUUGAUUCUAAAACAGCAACCGAGACAGAAUGGUGCUAUCCCCUUGGGUGACCUCCUUCGCUAUGCCGUCCACAUAUCAUGUGCCCUGAAGGAGCUCCGACGUCUGCGCAUCGCUCACGGUGACGUGGCCGCCCGAAACGUUCUCGUCAGCGGUGAUGACGUAGCCAAACUUGCUGACUUUGGUCUGGCCCAUGACGUAUACACAGCUACUGCUUACGUUUCCGCUGACCAUGAGGAGAAAGGGGCGGCCGAGCUCUUGCCUCUGAAGUGGAUGGCUCUGGAGUCGCUGGAGUCUCGCAAGUUCACGUGCGAGAGCGACACGUGGUCGUUCGGCGUGCUGCUGUGGGAGAUCGCCGCGUUCGGGGAUGAACCCGUCUAUGCGCACGAGAUCCAACUGAGUUGUCCCAGGUUGGUCGGGAUCCUGAGACAGGGAUAUCGUCUGCAGAAACCACCCGGGUGUCCGGACAGACUGUAUGACGUCAUGAAGUCGUGUUGGCGGGAAGAACCGUCGACAAGACCUGAGCCGAUAGAACUGGAGCAAAAGCUGACAGAAUGUCGUCAAGAAAUAGAUCCCUUACUGGUUAUGGAGAAGGAGACGUUAGUUUAGAUAACUGAACAAAAAUAGUACACUUAUACAAGCAUUGGCCAAUCGAAAGGAGCGAAACAUAUGCCAGAGCAGAGGGAAUAAGUACAGACUGCAAG